GGACCGGAACAAGGGCGAGCGAGGCGGCCGCCGUCGGGACACGACCGUCAUCAUCAUCCAACGACCCAUUUCUGACGGUUGAAUCUGAUCAAUUGCCGGGUCAGCAAUGACCGCGGGUAGGCGGUCAACUCGUCCGGCCCUGUGGCCGCGGCUGUAAUAAAGGGCAGUUGGGAAGGGCUUGAGGCUUCGUCGUGCCGGCCACGCGAUUUGGGAAUUGGGAUUACGAUUCGCCGCUCUUCUCCCUCUCGCGAUCUUGCUACGUUCUUCGUCGCGUGAGGUUUUGUUUCUGCUGCUAGGCAUUGUAAUGGAGGCUGGUUUGAGGGGGAAAACUAGUGAAUCGUCCUCUUCUGAUAUUUCUUUUGCUAACCAGGAUAUUCAGAGAUGUCCAUUCUUGAGAAACAUCCAUCAACCUACUAGCUUCUCCUUCUCAGCUGUCAAUUUUUCUACCCCUGUACGAGGCCAUGGUCCAAUCUUUGAAGAUGGACCAAAUUUUGACAAUGCAUUCAGGCUUUUCCAUGGACGUAAUGGGGUCGUUCCCCUCUCAGGAAGAACAUUUGUGCCUGAACUGAAACUAGAGCCUGAGAUUUCACCUGAGUUUAAUCCCUUAGCAGCAAAGGCAGCCACAAUCAGCCUUUCAGGUUUUGGACCAGGAGGACCUUUUGGCUUUGAUUUCUUCUCAAACAAGUGGAAUAAGCAGAAUGGUAGAUCAUCCAAUUCUCAGAAAAGAGGCGAUUCAACACACGAGUCACGGAGCAAUGAGUGGCUGGAAACUGGACAAUGCCCAAUAGCAAAGUCAUAUAGAGCAGUCAGUGCUGUACUUCCCCUGGUUGCAAAUGUUCUAAAGCCUCCCCCCAGCAUGAAACUAAGGUGUCCACCAGUUGUGGUGGCUGCCCGUGCAGCUCUCGCUCGAACUUCUUUUGUAAAGAAUCUCCGGCCACAACCGCUUCCAGCAAAGAUGUUAGCCAUAGCCUUGCUGGGUAUGGCUGCAAAUGUUCCCCUUGGAGUCUGGCGGGAGCACACCAAGAAAUUCUCCCCCCAAUGGGUCAUGGCAGUCCAUGCAGCUGUACCGUUCGUUGCAAUGCUAAGGAAAUCUGUGCUGAUGCCCAAGGCAGCCAUGGCGAUUACGAUUGCAGCCUCAAUCCUAGGUCAGACCAUCGGAUCGAGAGCUGAGCGGAUUAGGCUAAAGGCAGCGGCAGCAUCAGCUGCUGCCGAAGGAAACCUCGCAAUUCUCAAAACCAGAACACUAGUAUCGGCUAAAAAGACAGGGCAAUGUGGCCCUGAAGUAGCAUGGGAUCCUCUCUCCCUUAAGCCAAGGAGCUCGAAUCCACCAGCCCCUUCGAUAUGCUAUUGAUUGAGAUUAGUUCGCCAGAGUUGGUAUUUGCCCCCCUUCAAUAAUUUCAGCAUCUCCAUGACUGAAUCGUCGUCGUGUAUUAAUUAUGAAUGAGUUUACAGGAAUAAAUUCAAUUUGUUUCA